AUGUCUAUACGCGAAGAGAUUUUCGAAUCUCUACCCUCUCCCCGCCGACCGCCCUCCGCACCCCUCCCUCCGCGCUCCUUCUUCCCCAACCUUCUCCCCGCCAUAUCCACCCUAAUUCCGCCCCAGUCCGAGUCUAAAGAACCCCUCAACGCCAUCGAUCUCUCCCGUUAUGAAGAGCAGGACUCACUUACCUCUGACGCCAGUCUCCCCACCGCUCUCAACUCCCUCUCCCGCGCCUAUGCGUCUGCCGCCUACCUGUCGGGUCGCUCCGCCUCCUUAGGUCUUCUUGACGCACACGGGAAGAACGCAUGGCUCAUCGCUAACUGGCAGCUGGAGUCCUAUCUGGCGACCCUGGAGGCGGAGCUCACAACCGCGAAAUCGUCAGUCGAUAGACUUGCCCUCGAGAGGAGGAGGGCGCAGGAUCAAGUCUCGGGCCAAAUGAGGUCGCUGGAAGAAGCGUGGAAAAAGGGCAUCGCUAGGACUCUUGAGACCGAAGUUGCUGUUGAGGAGUUAAAGAGGGAAAUUAGGGACCGAAUGCGGGCGCAAGGAGACGCCAUGGACGUAGCAUAA